UUCCGGUGUUUUGGCAAACCUACAACAUUUACAGCUGGUGUUGAUGUUUAUCUAACUGAGGCCAGGUUUCCAUCACAGAAUUUUUCCUUAAGAAAAAAAAAAGAAAAAGAAAAAAAAAAACCAGCACGUACAAACCUCCCCUUAUCGUGCUUAUAAUCAUGUAAAUCUUUGUUACUGAUACACACGAUAAUCAAAAAGAAAGCGUAAGAGAAGUAAAGUGAAUUUUAGUGAUGUAAUGUGUUUCAUAGUGUUCCCACAGAGUUUCUUGUAAGUGCUCCAUARGUUUUCUCCGACAGGAGCACAAUCGUACGUUUCAUAUCUGUUACACCACAGGCUAGAGCUGACUUCACUCAUCUGCACUUCCUGUCCUAUACAUGUGCAAAACUACACCUUCCUCCUCCCACUGCAUGUGGCUCUUCUCUCUUUUGCAGUUCUCUUCAUCCCCUUUAGCACACCCUUUACUGACAUUUAGGCUGUGYCUUCGGACGGAAAGUCACAAGCAGAACAAAAUUAUCAGACGGAGCAGAGACAGAAGAAACACCCUUGRACGCUGUAAUUAUUGUUCUAGCUAAUAAUUAAUUAUCCAACUCAGUCGAGAGGACCAUGUGGGACUGACUGUGUGUCAGCAGCUCUGAGUGGCUUUCUUUUUUGAAGUGUGCCUUCUGACCUGUCUCCACAUCUGGAACAUCUGUGGAAUGUGUUGAGAACUCGUUGCCACAGGACAGCUUUCUUCAACAACAAGCRUCUUACCAUAAACAGCAGGUGGACGUGGAGAACAAGUGAAAACUGAAGACACCAUGAACGCCACCAUGGCCAUUACAAGAGCAUCACCAGUGCAAACCACAGAUUCUCCGUGUGUUGAAAUUGGACAGAGUUUCAUCAGUGACUUCCUGAUGGCUAUUUACAUCCUGGCUUUUAUCUUUGGCUUUUUCUUCAACAUACUGACCCUGAAGCCUAUUUGUCAACAAGUGAAACAGAAAAAUGUUUUGGGAAUCUUCCUACUCUGCCUGUCGAUAUCCGACUUGCUUUACAUCUUCACCAUGCCUCUUUGGAUAAAUUAUUACCACAACGACCACCACUGGGAACUGGGUGCCACCUCCUGCAGCAUAGCCGGCUUCUUCUACUACUCUAACAUGUACAUCAGCAUCUUCCUGCUGUGUUGCAUUUCUGUGGACCGCUGUCUGGUUGUGGCUUACCCACUGCGUUUCAGGACCCGCCGUACAUCGUGCUACGCAUGGGUCAUAUGUGCAGUUGUUUACUCUGCAGUCGUGACGAUGCACAUAAUUAUUUUAGUCUUUGACAAUCUCACUGAUGCCCAUGAUGACAAGAAUAAACAAGACCGUUGUUAUGAGACUUACCCCAUGCCGAAAACUGUGGCCAUGUUUAAUCUAAUAAGAGUGGCCAUCGGUUUCAUGUUACCCCUGCUGGUGUUGACUGUGAGCUACUGGAAGGUGUUGGCCACUGUGGGCCAAAGUCCCGGCCUGAAUGCCCAGGUUAAGAGGAAGGUCCGUCUGCUCUCUUUUGGGGUGAUUGGUAUCUUCUCAGUUUGCUUUGCUCCAUACCACAUUCUCUUGCUUGCACGCUCCGUUGUCUACUUUAAAAGUGGCGAUAAAACACCGGAAGGCCCGUACUGUCAGUUUGAACAAGACACACACUUCUCUUUCUCAGUCACACUGGCGCUGUCCAGUCUGAACUGUGUGGUGGACCCAGUGCUGUAUGUGCUCGUUAGUAACUCAGUYACAGAUAAACUAAACCUGUGCUUCAGAAACAGGCAGAAGACUCAAGAGGACAGUGCUUUGACUGCACCUAAAGGUGGAAUGGCAAAAGAGAGUAGUUUAAUAUGAGACUCACGUGAAAGUAUUUUAUGUGUAUAUGUAUAUAGUGUAUAUAAUCAGACCUAUGCACUUAACUUUAAUGUUUUACACUCAAACAUGUAUCGUUGGUGACAAAUAUUCAUCCAUUUGUAUUAGAGAAAAAAACAGAAACAAACUGAAAUGUGUCUGUUCAUUUGUGCAUAGUCAAUAACAGAUAAAAGGAGGUGGGCUGCACAAACAAUGUAUCUUAGCUGGAUAAUUGCAUCCGUUUUAUGCUCUGACGUUUUGUCCAGAAACAUCAGGACACCACUAGAGCGAAGGAGCCCUUUUGUUACCUUGGCAGUGUUUACAAUCACAGGAUAAGUAUGUGUCUCUGAUAUACUGAAGCUGAAUGUACAUUCAAUCUAAAAGCAUGCUGUUUUCAUUUUAAAUUAUAGCAUGGGUAUGCUUGAAUGUCAGUGAAACAUGCCAAAGUGAAAACAAAAUAAAAAAGUGGUACAAACACGUG